AUGGCAACCAUCUGGCCUCUUCUUCUUCUCUUCUCAGUAAUUUUCACUGCAGAAGCUCAACAAGCUGAGCAACCCGUUAUCAGGCGAGGUUCUUUGUUAACACCUACGGGUACCAACUCUUCAUGGCUAUCACGUUCCGGUCUAUAUGCCUUUGGGUUCUACGAGCAGGGCAACGGCUAUGCUGUAGGAAUAUUUAUUGCCGGGAUUCGACAGAAGACUGUGGUCUGGACAGCCAACCGAGACAAUCCUCCAGUUCCUGGUGAUGUUAAAUUGCACUUCACAAGCAAUGGACGGCUGGUUCUGCAGACGGCACAAGGCAUGGAGACGGGAAUCGCCGGUAAUACCCAAGGUGCAGCAGCGGCAUCAAUGUUGGAUUCCGGCAACUUUGUUCUCUAUAAUUCAGAUAACAGUACAAUAUGGCAGAGUUUCGACAAACCAACCGACACCUUCUUACCAGGUCAGAAACUCACAACCGAUGAAGAUAUGUUUUCCAGUUAUUCGGCCACCAACCAAUCAACAGGCAUAUUUCGUCUCAUAAUGCAACAAGAUGGAUAUCUGGCGAUGUACCCGGUUGGAACCCCACCCAGACUUGAGUAUGGUUAUGGGGGAGUUGGUGUUUCUGGAGAAGGACCUAAUGUUUCACUGAAUUUUGAUGCUGAUGGUCGCCUCUACUUGCUCAAUGGCACCGGCAUAUCAAUAAUGAACUUUACAACGGGAGAUACAACAAAAGGUGUAAUCUACCGUUUGACACUCGACCCUGACGGGAUCUUGCGGCAUUACUCGCUCAACAUGGAUCAGAAUGGUGUUUGGAAAGUCACAUGGUCAAAUCCGAAAGAUAAGUGUGACCCUAAGGGUCUCUGUGGCAUCAAUGCAUUUUGCGAUCAAGAUGCUGGUUGCGAAUGUCUACCCGGAUUCAAACGUGUUAACAAAGACAGUUGGGCUUCAGGCUGUGAAAGAAAUUUCGAUUCUAAAAGUUGCAAAAGUAACGAAGAAGUUACUGGAUAUACCAUGGAAACAGAGCUUCGUACCGAAUGGCAAAAUGAUAGCUAUUCUAUCCUAACAUCUCCAACCCAAGAAGAAUGUGGAGAAGCAUGUUUGGGGGACUGUAACUGUGAAGCUGCGCUGUACAAAGACGGAAAGUGUAUGAAACAAAGGCUUCCUUUGAAAUUUGUAAGAAGAAAUCUGAGUGACUCAAGCGUAGCCCUCAUCAAGGUAGGUACGUCUCCAAUCUCUCCGGAUCCAGGAGUGCCGAAAGAGAGCAAAAAGAAGAAUCGAGUGGACAUUCUGAUUAUUGGCGUUUCAUUGCUUUCAUUUGCAUGCAUUAUCUUGGCAAUUUCUGGAAUUUUAUUUUACAAAUAUCGUGUUUGGCUGUAUAGAAACAUAUCUAACGCUCUUUGA